CAGAUCAUGGGACUGGGAGGCAGAUGAAGCUCCGCGAAGACGUUUUUCGAGAGAUCUUGAGAGAUCUGCCAACGUUGACACGCAGAUCAAGCGAAGCGCGAAGAGCUAGAAAGAAGUCUGACGCUGAAAUGAAGGACAGAGGUUUGUUCUGGUUGGAUCAAGGAGACCAGUUUUAUUAAGCCAACGCUGUCAGGUCGAGAAAUGCUGCGUGCUGUUAAAGAUCAGAGAAGGAACACCUAGCACCUGACACUCCAGUAGGUUUCAGCAAGAAUCAUGGCUGCCAACGGAAUCAUUUCUGAAACCGCCUCGCUCCUUGCUCCACACAAUCAAGAAAAGCUUAAGAGUUCAAACAAGCAUGGAAGCCCAAGCCGAAAACCCUCCCCACCUUCUUCUUUCUUAUCAAUAUUUCAACCAGGGAAAGAAGGGGCACACGACAUUGAAGUUAGGGGCCAAGUUGCGGCUGCCGCAGCUAUUCUUCAAUGGUGGACGUUGAAUGUACUCAUAGUACUGUUAAAUAAGUACAUCUUCCAAGUGUACGAGUUCACGUUUCCACUCACGCUGACCACCAUUCACUUUAGCUUAUCGUGGCUGGGCGCAUACCUGUACAUUCACGUCUUCAAGUUGACCCCCCUGAUCGUGGUCGCCAGCUGGCAGGACCGCGUUGCACGCGUCCUCCCCGUGUCCGCACUCUCCAUGGCGAAUAUCGUUCUUGGAAACGUGGCGCUCCGCUACAUCCCCGUCAGCUUCAUGCAGACCGUCAAGUCGUUUACUCCAGCGGUUGGAGUGAUUCUGGAAACGCUCUUCUUCGCGCGCGACUACGACGUCCGGAUAUGGGCCUCCCUUCUGCCGAUCGUUGCCGGAGUCGCGCUGACUACCGUCACCGAACUGAGCUUCGUCCUCACGGGAUUCAUCUGCGCUCUCGCCGCGUGUUUCGCCAACGCCCUCCAGAUGAUCAUGACGGAACUGCUCAUGAAGGGCAAGCUCGAACUGGACAGCAUCAACACGUUGUACUACUUCGCACCGUAUUCCGUGGGACUGCUUUUUCUGCCGGCCUUGUAUCUAGAGUGGGGGCCAAUCGUCGCCUGGAGAGCGGACCGACCGGGGUGGGAGGCUGCAACCCCCUGCGUGGCGAUUUUCGUCUCGGGGGUGAUUGCGUUUGGGCUUAACCUCUCGGUUAUCUACGCGGUCAAGGCAACCAGCGCUGUGACCAUCAACGUGGCGGGCAAUCUUAAGGUCGCGGUGUCGAUUCUCGUGAGCUGGAUACUGUUCCAGAAUCCGAUGACUGGGCUGAACGUGUUGGGUUGCGCAAUUACCGUGGCCGGGUGCACGGUCUACGGCUACAUGACGCACUUGAUUACGUUGCAAACCAAGAAAAGGAGCCUGGACGAGGCGGUCAGGAUACAGAACUUGGAGUUGGCGCAGGCGGAGGCGCCCCCGUCGGACUCGACCCGCUUAGAACGGAAGCCGACACAUUGACCACGUUACUCAGAGCAAGGCCUGGGCCCUUAUUGAACGGUCCGAGUCACUCUUCAUCCUACUAUAUGCUGCGCAGUAACGCAUUUUGGAAGGGGAGCGCUGGCUUUUCUCGCCAUGCAACUAGUUGCUAUCUCUUCUCAGUGAACGCGGUCCUCAUGGCAGUCGCUUAAUUAUAAGCGCUCGCGUCCGAUUCUUUCAACCAGUACUCAUUGAUCCUGGGAAUUCAUCGGGUCUUUCGUAUACACAACACGUGCCAAGCUUUGUCAG